AUGGGGCCUUCCAAUUCACACCUUUUCGAUCAGGAAUUGAACUCAGAUGACAGGGCUCAAGGAGGGGGAGCCACAUCGGGAAAUAGUAAAGAUAAACGGUUCCUCUGCAUGUUCUGUAACAAAGGCUUCAGCUGCCUCCAGAAGGUGGAGAUCCACCAGAGGGUCCACACAGGGGAGAAACCUUACAGCUGUAACCAGUGUGAGAAGAGGUUCUCCCGCCAGGACCACCUGAAAAGGCACCAGAGGCUCCACACAGGGGAGAAACCCUACAGCUGUUCCCAGUGUCACAUGCGCUUCGCCCAGGCUGGUCACCUGAAGAUGCACCUGAAGGUCCACACGGGAGAAAGGCAGUUUGCUUGUACGCACUGCAGGAAGAUGUUCUCAGAGAGGAGCUACCUCAGGAUACACCAGCAGAAAAAACAUUCCACUUCAUAA